CUGUUCGCAAGAUGCAUUAGUAGGGGAUGGAAGCCACAGGAAUUGGUAUGGCCAGAGGGUGAGAGAUAGGAGCCAGGCCAAAUACUGAGAACUGUCUUGUGAAGAGCAGGACUCAAAGGAGUGCCCAGAUCCAGGUACAGGAAACCUUUCUUCCCCUCUUGGUUACCCUUCCUCAAGAACCAGUCUCUGCAGCUUCUGAACCACAGACGCGUUUCGUUUUGACAGCGGAAUGGAGGAAAGGAACACUAGUGGAGAGCUCCUAAGGGUGGAUAUUAACAUCUCACACUGGCCGCCUAACACCACAGCACUGGACGGAAGAAACGACACCGGAAUCCCACUCUGCAGCCUCAUGUUCUGUACCAUGAUUUUCAUUUCCCCCAUCAUUGCCCUGGCUGGAUUGGUUGGAAACGCCAUCGUGCUGUGGUUUCUGGGAUUCCACAUGCGCAGGAACGUCUUCUCCGUCUACAUCCUCAACCUGGCCGGGGCCGACUUCCUCUUCCUCUGCUUUCAAAUUGUACAUUGCUUUCAUGUGAUCUUGGACAUCUUCUACUCCAAGACCAUUGACACCACUCUGUUUUCUUUUGUUCUGUUAAACUCCACGUAUCUUUGUGGCCUGAGCAUGCUCAGCGCCAUUAGCACUGAGCGCUGCCUGUCUGUCAUGUGGCCCAUCUGGUAUCGCUGCCAACGCCCCAGGCACACGUCAGCUGCCAUGUGUGCUCUGCUUUGGGUCUUGUCACUGCUGCUGAGCAUCCUGGAAGGGAAGGAAUGUGGUCUCCUUUUUGAUAGUGUUGGCCACGGUUGGUGUCAGUCAUUUGAUUUCAUCAUUGCUGCAUGGUUAAUUGUUUUAUUUGUGGUCCUCUUGGGGUCCAGUCUGGCGUUAGUGUUUACUAUCUUCUGUGGCUCACACAGGAUACCUGUGACCAGGCUGUAUGUGACCAUCGUGUGCACAGUGCUGGUCUUCCUGCUCUUUGGUCUGCCCUAUGGGAUCUACCAGUUUCUCUUAGAAUGGAUUGAAAAUUUUAAUUAUGCGGUGCUUUAUGAUUUUUAUUCAGUGACAAUAUUUCUCUCCUGUGUUAACAGCUGUGCCAACCCCAUCAUUUACUUCCUUGUUGGCUCCAUCAGGCACCGUAGGUUCCAGUGGAGGACUCUCAAGCUAUUUCUGCAGCGAGCCCUGCAGGACACCCCUGAAGAGGAAGAAUGUAGAGAAGGUGGUUCUUCGGGACGAUCCAGAGAAAUGAAAACAGUCUAGCAGACACUGACAUCCGUUUGGAUCAGGCAGAAGUAGCUUGGAGAAACAACUUUGUCCUUAUAAGUUUGUGGCAUUUUCAGAACCUUGUUUAGUUGACGACUCAAGGUUAAAUCAGUUGAGAAAGCAGUCAAUCUUGUGGAAGUUGAUUGACGCUGGACUUGUUAUACAAAUACUGACUGCCGUGUAUCUGGAGCUGUCUUACUCAGUGCUUCAUCGUCUCCUUUUGGUGGGACUCCUUGGAAGCUCUCUGGGAUCCAGAAGAUCUGUUGACCACUAUUGACAAUCCCCCCCCACACACACACACUUCAGCAGAAGGGUCAAGGAAAUAUAUUAAAGAGAUUUAUUUCUUUGGUCAUUGAACAUGAUAGUCUUGAAUCCACGGUAUAUUUUGCAACAAUUUUCUUUUCUGUUUUUAGUUUUUGUAAGCUUUAAAAAUUAGCUUUUAUUUUUUUUGAAAUGUUCAUUUUAGGGAACAAAACUCAAGAAGCCAAGAGCAAAGGCACCCAAUCACAGAGAGCUCAUCUUGAUGUGUCCUAGAUCCUGCAAACAUGCAUACAUUUAGGUAACUGAGAUGAUACAUUCCAUAUCACGCCUUCCCCCACAUUGUAAAUAUUCACCAACUAAUGACCCCAUGCUCCAUGAGUAUUUUGAUAGCCAAGAAUGCACCACACUAGCCAAAUUUGUCAGACAAUAUGGUAACCCUAUCUUCUUUGGCAACAAAAAUUUCAUAGAAGAUAAAAAUGGCAUCAGACCUCUGUUUUGUACUGGUGAAACUACAUUGAAAAUUCUGCAUUCCCUCAAUAUUCAGCUUAGAAGGAAACACAAAGCAAAAGACCACACUAUGUACACCAUUUCUAAGUUAUAUACAGAUCUAUAUACUAAAAUAUGAGGAAGAAGGUGUGUUCCUGCUUAAUAAAUGUAUUCCUAUGGAAUAGUUGGAAGAUGCACCUGUUGUAACCCAAAUCUAGUUGGUCUUAAUAAUAAUAAAAACUGGGAUCAAAG